CCGCGUUUACACGUAUAUCGCGUAUAUAGUAAUACUAUCAUUCCGAUAGUGCGUGCACGCUCCGCAACAGUAUAACGGCAGUCGUCGGCGCCCGCGGCCCGUCACUCGCUCGCUACCAUCCGGCGCGCGAACACGCUUACAACGCACGCGAGUGACCGCCACCUCCCCGUCCCGGACCACCGGUCGCCACCCGCCGCACCGACCGAGGAGAUCACUCGUCGUAGAUUUUUUUAUGAGAAUACAAUUUUUUUUAAAUUUUUUUUUCCCGUUUUUUACUCCGAUACACUUGUCAUCGCCGCCGCCACCACUCUAUUCCGGCCGAAAACACCGCGAGAUUGUUCCGUCGCCGUCGCGUAUGUUAUUAUUAUGUCCAAUCAUUUUUAAUCGUUUGCCUUUAUAACUUUGUCCCAUUGGUGAUAACAACACUUGUUAACUUUUAAUCAAUUCGAGUUCAUUGAAAAACACCAAUGUGCAUGGCUGAGUAAUGCGAUCAUCGAUCAAUCAUGGCACUCUUGUACAGGUUGGUUAAGUUGCCAGACCGUUUUCAGACCCAUGUGUUUACAUUCGUGGUGACCAAAUCAGUAACUCGUGAUCCAGACCGGGACGUUACGUCCAAGGAAUUUGCUUGUGGCCAUCAAAAAUGGUCAAUUACAUUCUCACGAACUGACAAGAUGUUAGGAGCGUACCUAGUGUGGAAGAGUGCUUCCGAAUCGGUGCGCGUUUAUGUGGAUUUUACGUUCACUAUACUCAACCGUGAACAUUUCAGCGUGAACGAAUCAUUUGCUGGUAAACAAGUGAAGUUUACGACGGACUGUCCGGCCCAGGGAAACCGAAAUUACAUACCGGUCAGCGACCUGUACGGCCGAAACUUCACGGACGCGAACGGCGAGUUCCAGCUGGAACUGUCCAUCGGUCACGUGCGCACGGUGUACGACACGGAGUUCGGCGUGCCCACGUCGCUCACGUCCCGGCUGAUGCACCACCACCAUCAGAUCCAGAACCACCACAACCCGGCGGCCGGAAAUGCGCUCCAGCACCAGUACGGCACGGCGUCGCCCAGGGGCACCAAGUGCAAGCUGGAGACGUCGUACUUCACUUUCGGCGGAUUCGAUUGGAACCUGGCGCUGUACCCGCACGGCGUCAAAGACGUAUCGUGUACUUCAGUUGAAGGCCGUAUGUCUGUAUAUUUGAACCGAUGCACAGGAUUUGACCAUCAAUGCCGUGUUCGGUACAUGUUAGUUUUGGGCGAUGGAGAAAAACGUCUAGACUCAGGAAUAUUGGAUGAUGUAUCCGAUUCAGAUGGAAAAAGCUAUGGCUGGCAUCCCAGAUAUAAGUUCUCCGAACUUGUUACAAAGGGCACGAUUCGGGUACAUCUCGAGAUGUUGUUGGCGAAUACCUUGAGUGAAGUUAUAUCCAGCAUAGUGAUAACGGGAAUCAACCAGCACGGGGUUUCGUCAGCAGCGUCCAGUGGCGUUGUGGCAUCGCCCACGAAAACACAAUGUUACGACCGGGACAAGCACGCGUGGUCCAUAAGAAGCGAUUGCCAAUCGGAAACGGUCCGACUUCAUAUGGUCUACAAAGAUAUUCAGAACGUGCCCAGAAAUCAUCUCAGGUAUGUUUGUUGGACGGCGUACCUGCUGCGUUACCACGGUAAAACGGGACACGUGGAACCGGUGCCAUUACCGGGUGCACCAUUCAGCCACUAUUACGCCACUGACGCCACUGACGAAGGGAUUAUAAUGGAAACCGACAUAAGCGUCAAAGAGCUCCGUGAUUCGGGUUGUCCUUUUUUGACAGACAAAGGACAAUUGAGGGUCCAAGUCGAAUGGGAAGAAAGCUAUUUACUGUUCCAAGCCACAUACCAUAAAUACGACGACGUCAGUAGAACUCACAACUACCAGAUGAGACGCGAGAUCACAGCUCUGCAGGCCGAAAACUACAGCCUGGAACGACAGUUGUUCAGCUACCAGAAGAGCAUGUCGCUUGUUCAGAGCCGGGGCACCACGUACUCGGACGAACUGGACCCGACGGACGUCGGAGACGGUGGCGGCGUCCCGGUGGACGAUCGUGAAGAUCAGCCACAUCAUCAGCAUCAGCAUCAAGGGGGUGGAGGUGGCGGCAGUGUGUUCUACGACGACGGCGCGCCCCUACAGCUCCAGUCCGCGGUCGUCGUCGGCCCUGACAGCUACCCGCUGCCCCAACACCACCCACACCACCAUCAACAGCAACACCCGCCGCACCAUCAACUCCACCAUCAUCACCCACUGCCGCAGCCACCGCAGCAGCACCACCACCACCACCCAUGAGGUCGGCUGCCGUUCCACGAGACCGACGACGGCCACCGUCACGUGCCGCACUAUCGGCACUCGGACGGCGGCGGUGGCCCGGCCACGUGGACGUCGGUGGCCAGCAACGCGGUCACUACAGUGUUCAAAAAGGCCCAGAGACGUUUCAGCGUCAUCCUCUACAACAACAACAAUCCCAUGUGAACGUGCCAAAAACGUAUUAUAACAAUAAUAUAAUACCUGCUCGUAUGAUUUCAACUCAAUCGUUUUAAUAAUAAUAUUAUUAGGUAGGUUUGAUACCCACUGCAUGAUAAUAUUGCGUUUAUUUUUUACUUAGUUUUAGGUGCUUGUCGAAUAGGCGCAUUCAAUUUUACUAUACAUAUAAUAUAUUGUUAUAUGUAUAGAAUGAGUGUGUAGUAGAGAAAUAUAGAAAGAGAGUGAGAAGGAGUGUGUGUGUGAGAGAGGGAGAGAGAGAGAGAGAGAGAGAGAGAGAGAGUGAGAGAGAGAGAGUGUGUGAGAGGGUGACAGGAGAGGAAGGUCCCCUAAAACUUUCUUGCCCGUCAACCUUCAGCCGAAAAAAUAUACCUAUAAUUACUGCGUAUUUCGAACUACUACAAAAAAUAGUUCAACGAAUAUAUUCUUUUUUUUUUGACACUACGUUUGUUGUAUAUAUGUAUAUAUUAUUAUAAUAAUACUUAUCGCAAAAUCCCGACGACUUUCGUCACGCAUAAUAUUGUAAUAUAUUCACAUAUAUUAGGUAUAUUAUGCAUAUUCCGCAGGUCAAAAUAUGCCCCUAAGGUAUAAUAAUAAUUAAUAAUAUAAUAUAUAGUAUAUACCAACGUAACUAUUCAAAUAGCUUUUAAAUAUUGAAAAAAAAAAAAAUCAUAAAAAUAUCACGGAGCAAAAAAAAUAAGUUAUACACAUUUUUGAAUUUUAUGUAAAAUAUCCAAACUGAAAAUCCCUUGCAGAUAAUUUUUUUUUUGAAAUUUUCCCAAUUUUUAGCAGACUAGUUUGCGUACCUAUUUACGCAUUUUACACUGAUGAUUCCUCGGAUCAUUACCUAUAAUUUUGUUCUUUUUAUACCAUUCCGGAAUACACCAAAAAAUGUAGAGAGCUCUCAGCUCCUACUGAAUAAUAAGGUUAAUACUAAAUACAAUCAAAACUACUUCUAUCAAAACACAAAUUAUUUUUAAAACUUCAAUAUCAUAUAAUGUACAUCAUUAAAAUACUGUUAUAUUUGUUGUAUAUAUAAUAUUUAUGCUUUAAAUGUUUAAAUUGAUAUUUAGGCUUUUUAUCACGUUAAGCCUUCAAAUUGUUUCAUACUCCCAAUUUUAUUUUCAUUAUUUGGCUCGAAAGACAAUCUAAUAUCGUUCUACAAUAUAAUAUAUUAUUUCAUGUCAGAGAAAAAUGGCAUUGUUCACACGGAGUUAUUUUUUAUUUAAAAUACAAUUAUUUUAUGUUUGCGUUGUGUAAACAAUACACUUAAUGUUAUAAAUUCUAACGUAUUUUCUACAAUCAUCUCUCAAAAAUUAUACAUUUGUACGCAAUCUGAUUAUGAAAUAAUAUUAAAUUAAUGAAAUGUAUAAAUAUUAGGACCAAUAGUAAUAAUGAUAGGAUCUGGGAUCGAAAUGGCAGUCGGCAUCUAUAUCAAUAUUUUAUCUUAAUCCUUUUUCGCAAGGGAAAGAUAAAAAACCAACGCGCAAAACCACUUUUUUCCCACCGAAUAAAAGAUUUAUUUCAUGAAUUUUGGAUUUUAUAAUUUACUCAUUCGCCAAUAAUAUUUAUAGUUAUCUACAUUAUAGUUAUUCUUCUCUCAUUUUUAUAUCAAUGAAAUUUUGUUCAAUAUAUUAAUCAAUAAACCGAAUAAUAUAAUAUGACUUGCAUAACUUGACAUUGCAUUAUAUCUACUUAAAUAUAAAUUAAUUAUAUGGUAGAGUUUGAUAUGAAAAUCAUCGACCAUUUUGUUUUAAAUAGACUUUUAAUAUUAUUACUCGUAAAUUUUCAGAUUAAAAUAUGACUUUGUUUCUGGAAUGGUAAACACUAAAAUUUUAAGAAUAUAAGGCUAUGUUCACAGCCAAGUGCCUAUACUACAUAAUUUUAAAUUUACAUUAUUGUUUAAAGCGUAAAACUUACCCUUUGGCUACUUCCAAUAAAAUAUGAUGUUCGAUCUCCCAUCUAGAUUAAAUUAUCGUCAACUUGACAACACUAGAAAUACAUUUACACUGGUAACUAAUCGAUUACGUACAUCUACGAUAAAUUUUAGAUCAUCAUGUAUUCAAUUAUUUUCCAAAACAACAAACAAUUGAAUAAUUAUAAUAUUGUAUAUGCCGCGUUCAACAAUUCAUCUAUUGUUUUUUUUUUUUUAAUAUCUAUAAGUGCUCGUCCCAAAUUCUGAUUUAAAUGUAUUAUGUGUUGGAAAGUUCCGGUCAGUUUUUAUAUCCUUUCAUUUGCAGUGUGUGUGGGUUUUUAAUUUUUUUUAGCUUUUUGUUCAUAAUUUAUAAUUUAUAUUCAUGUUUCUUCGGAACAUCUGUAUUUAAUUAAUUUGCUGUGAAACACGUGAUAUUUAUAUUUUAAAAUAACGUGCGUAUAGAGAAAUUAUUUGAUUUAUUAUAAUAAAAUUCUACAUCCUCGUAUCGAUUCAGGGGAAGAUAAAAGAAAAGAUAUACCUAUGAUGGAUCAUACAACUUAUCACAAUGUCCAUACAUUACACAGGCAGUGAAACAAAUCCAUCCAUAAUACCCAUUUAUUCCACCUUUUUUAAAAACCUUUUGGAAAAUCAUUUUGUAUUUAUUGAAAAUUAAAACAAUUCAUGCUCUUAAUAUUAAUCGAUUGGUAAUCGAAUACCACGAAAAUAAUAUUAAAAUGUCAUCUAAUAUUAAUAAAAAUUAUAAAAAUAAUAAUGUGGAUAUAUAUAAACCAAUAUUGAAUACGGGGUUUUCCAUAAAAUAUAAUAUAUUCUUCACACGAUUUUAUACUGAAUUUACAAACCGAACGGGACGAAUACUUGUGUAAAUCAUUGAUAUUUAUAAUGAACGAGAAGUAUAAAAUGUAUAUGUACAAUACGACAACAUUUUUCUCAAAAUUGCAACUUUAAAUUGUUUUUCAUUUUAUUAUUCAUAUUCUACAAUUCCAAUAAGUCACAGUUCGUUUUUUGAAUAUUUUACACGCUAUUUUUAAUAUAAUUUAGUUAUUACUAAAUUUAGUUUUCAAACGUUUUCUGGCAGUGUUGGUAGGUAUAAACAAAUUUUGCUACAAUACAAUAUACUUCUCAGCAUUUCAAAAAUAAUAAUUAAAUAUUAUUAUAAUAUAAAAAUUAAAAAGUAUACGUACUAUCUACCUAUAAAAGCGUACCGCGUAUUUUUCUGGUUCAAAUGUAAGUACCUAGGUUCAUCCGAGUCGUUGAAAACAUUAAUUUUAAAACUUAGUAGAUGAAAAAAAUACCUUCUGUCGUACGUAUGUGUGUUUAUUAAUUUUACGUCCGGUAUUUUUGGAAUGUUCGACUAUAUUAUUAUGUUUUGCAUUGAACCUUUUGUGGUUCUAGUUUUACGAAUACUUUUAAAACACGAGGCUGAAUUUCACGUGGGAUUAAUGGGGUUAACCCCAUAAAACCGUAUAGAAGUUUUCGAAAUUGAAUUGUUAUGGUGAUGAUUUAGAAACUUUAGGUAUAGUCGACAAAACAACCAAAUACCUAUAUAGGUACUUCUUAAAACUAUUAUAAUAUAAUCAGGUAAUGCAUUGCCAUUAUUUGGAUUUAAUUAUAUUUUUUUCUGAACUUAAUUUUGUUACGUCACAAUAGGACCUAAUAUUAUUGUUGGAUUUAUAUAGAUUACAAUUAAACUUAAUAAUGUUUAGCACACGCAGGGGUCUCUGUAUCUCUGUAUUUCGUGACGGUCGGUACACGGGCCCUCGUGUUCACCAAAAUGAGCACGAAAAAUUUAAGCGAAAAUUCUAAAAAAAUAUUUAGUACACGUUUGUCGGAAAAUAUUUUAAAGGUUUCCCCAUACGUAUAUAUUAUAAUAUUACAUAAUAGGUAUACGUACGGUAAUCACAAACCGACUCGAAAAGUUUUUUUUUUAUGUAUUCGGGACACGUAUCCAUGCAUUCAAACGCCCAAAACUGCAAUGCUAGGGUUUUUGACUUGAAUUUUCUAUGUUUUUUUUUCUCCAUUUUUGAUCUAGUACCAACAGAGUUAAGACACGUGUCGUCACCGUCUGACUUUACAACGAUCCCAUUAUUACACACGCGACAAGCCCGCGAAUAUAUUUUUCACCGUUUUUUUAGAUUUUUUUUUCUACUUAUAUAUUAUAUUUUCGUCUUCUCGCGAUCUCGUCGCGAACACGCGUAGGUAUUCGGUAUUGUUACAAAGUCGGUGCAUUAUUAGAAAUUUAACACCCAUGGCGUACCUUAUAUAUGCUGGUAAAUGCAUAGGAUAUACGGUAUAUACCGCAAGUACGCGUUAUAGACGAUCGAUUCACAUUUAUGAAAACGCAUAAUAUAUCAUAUUGUAGUACAUUAGUACAUGACGACGUAUAUAGAUUAAACGUAUUUUUUCUAAAGCUUUUGAAAAAAAAUUUAACUAUAUUUACUAUUUGAAACUGCAAAGAUUGGUUUUUUUAAUUAGACGAAUUAUUUAUUUUUUAUCCGUAUUUAGACGGUAUGUACAUACCUACAAAAUAAUAUAGUAUAUUAUGUCAUGUUAAUAUAUUAUAUAGAAUGUACUUACCUAUGCGGCUACGCAUUAGACGAUUAGAGAAGGUAGGUAUACGAAUUGUUUAUUCUGGAACGCUGUACAGACAUAUAUUAUACUACCUGCCUCUAACCAAUGUCAUAUUUUAUGUAGGUACAUAAUAUAACAUGCAUUAUUAUUGUAUCUAAUAUAUAUUCGGUGUAUGAGAUAUAUUUUUGUUAUAUGUACGCAAAUACGAAAUUACAAAAACUAAAAACACCAUAAGCACCCUGUGUGCGUGUAUAAGAUAACUGUAGAAGGCACCUAUACUUUAAAGUUGUUCAGUGACAUUUUCGAUGGACGCUAUUUACAUUUUUAAACGUUAUUGAGCUAAACGUCCUGCGGUAUAGGUACUUUUAGCAUUUAUAGUACAUUUUGCUGCUUGUGAUAACGGACAUGAGUAGCUGCGUGAACCGUUUGCUAUACACCUACGCUAUUAAAAAGCACAGACGACCGACAAUGUACUAUUAUUAAAAAUAUUAUAUAUUAUUAUAGUAAUAACUGAUUUUGUUUCAAACUGAUUUUUUUUUUUUUUUUUAACAUUAUAUUAUAUUCUUAAAAAUAGUUUUAUUUCGAUAAUAAUAUUGUAGGUAAAUUUUUAUAUUUAACACGGGGCGUACUGCGUAGGUACUUGUUUCGAACACACCACGUAUAUAACACGAAAACCAUUUUCUCCCGCCAAUAUAAUAUAUUUUGUGUGUCACGCAUUUGUUGACGGGUCCUACAAUCGAAUAUCCUUAAAACUCUGUUUGGUUUAUCCAAGGAAGUUUUUUAGGAUAUAAUUCCGGUCGAGCAGACAUAUGCGGGUGGUAUCGCGGAAAAAAUCAAUGGGAAGAAAAACUUUUCGUGAACGUUCUCUCUGUUCCUUACAAUAUCCCAUAUAUUUCACAUUUACGGCGAAUUUCUCAAUGCUACGCCUGGCAUGAAUUUAUAUAGAAUAUUAAUAUGAAAAAAAAACUUAUUUUUUUAUAAUGCUACUCUUGUACUUUCUACAGUAGACGUAUAUGUGUGUAAAUCUAAGCUAUAAACGUUAAGUGAUCCUUAAAAGCUGCACUAUUCGAUUAUACAAUAAUAUAUGUAUCUGUAUGUAUAUGUAAUAUAAUAUAACAAUGUGUAUUACGCACGUAUACAUAUAAUAUGUAUAUUACCAUCAGCAUUUUGACCACUAUUUAUCUGUCAAUUAAAACAAUUUUUUAAAUAAUGAUUCUUACUUAUAAGUACUUAUUGUGAUAUCGAUUUGUUUCUAUUUAUAUUUUAUAAUCAUAAUAUAAUGUAACGAACACUGUAGGUGUGCGCAUUUAUGAAUAUUAUUAUUAUUAUUAUUAUUAUUAUUAUUAUUAUACGUCAUAUAAAAUAUUAUGUGACGGCCAAUUUAUUAUAUACGACGGCUCUAAAAAAAUAAAUUACACAUUGAAAUCAACACGUCCACACCGAUUUAGUCCCCCGGACCAACGGAUUAUCGUUUGACAACCGUUCGCGUCUGACACGGCCGUUUCGUGAUAGUGUCUACUUAGUGAUAUUAUGUUCUAUAUAAUAGACGUAUAUUAUUCAGUAGGUGGUUUCUCGAUUCAACUGCUAUACCGACAACUUUACAGGACCGUGCUACUCGUUAGUCGUUUCUACCAACCAAUCAUCCAUGUAGGAAAUGCAUUUGUACUUCCUUACCCACCAAUAUCGUUUUGGACGAGUAAAUAUCGCUUUGAGAUUACUAGCCGCCCAACUGUACAGAUGCAUAAUAUAGAUACAUAAUGCCCGUGGCCUAACAAUGAUUUUGUUAUUAUUUAUCUCGGUGAUUGCUAAGUGGGGCUCAAGUCCAUCUGACCCGACGACGACGACCGGUGUCGACAUUGACAAUCUUUUUGUAAUUCCCUUCAUCGGGGACUACUUCCGGUGUUACGCGUUGAUUGCAUUUUGAUAUUAUUACGAUGUUAAUAAUAAUAUUAUGUUUAUAUAAUACGAUACACUUUACUGAUUGAUCAAUAUUCUUAACACAAAACUUAAAUUGUUCUAAUUUUUAUCAUUAUCGUUAAACAUUUUAAUUAUACGAAAAUAAUGUAUUAUUAUUAUUAUUAUUAUUAUCUAAAAUAAACCAACA